UUCUCUCUCUCUCUCUCUCUCUCUCUCUCAGCCUCAGCCUGAUAAUUAAACUAGGCCUUGGCGGCCGUCCUCAGACGUCACCACUAAGACCUCUUCCUUUUCCUUCCUUCCCUUUGUACACGUUCAUGCACACUUCUAGCUUAUAUCGUUUCUGCAUUAAAAAAUUAGUCUUAAUUUUGGAGGGUAAACUUGAGGAGUAAUCUGCAAAGCCGCAUGAUCCGUAAAAAAGCUCACCCCCACCACCCAGAUUCAAUUGGAUAUAUAUAAUAUUUUAUUAGAGAGCUGCUGGAAUUAAUAAUUAAUUUUUUACUUUUUUUUUGGGGAAAAUUUUAAAUAAAACUGAUUGUUAUCACACUGGUAAAGUUGUUUUCCUCAUUUAUAACUAAGGAUAUUUGACUAUAUAAAACAACAGAUAAUGAGUGUGUGUGUGGGUGUGUGUGUAUGUAUAUAUACUAUGUAUAUAUGGAGGCUUAUUAUAAAUAUUAACGUAUGGAUUGAGGGAAGCGUUUUCUGGGACGGUUAGGAAUCUCUCUCUUUUCUUGAGAUUUACAGAGAAUUAUGUCUUUUGGAGGCCGGAAGAAGAGCUCAGAGCUCUCUCCAAUGGAAGCCGGAGAGUGUUGUUCAAGUUCAAGCACCAGCACCAGCACCAGCGCCGGCGCCGAAAGGCAGCACCACCGCCGGCAGCGCCAGAACCAGCUAGAGAAGCCCUACCGGGGAAUCAGGAUGAGGAAGUGGGGCAAGUGGGUCGCCGAGAUCCGGGAACCCAACAAGCGCUCCCGGAUUUGGCUAGGCUCCUACUCCACCCCCAUCGCGGCGGCGCGCGCCUACGACACCGCCGUCUUCUAUCUCCGCGGCCGCUCCGCCAGGCUCAACUUCCCCGAAUAUAUCGCCGAGGAGGACGAACCCCGCGACAUGACCGCUGACUCCAUACGCAAGAAAGCCACCGAAGUCGGCGCCCGAGUCGACGCCCUCGAAACCGGCGCUCUGCCCCUCCCCCACGGCUCCGGCGCAGACUCCAAAUCGAACUCCGGCCGCGUCUCCGUCAAGCCCGACUUGAACGAAUACCCAAACCCGGAGGACUCCGACGAGGAGUGAGACCCAAAUUCGAUGUAUUCCUUUCCCGGAUAAAAAUUUUUACCAGGAAAAUCUCGACAUGAUCCAAAGGGAUUGUGACCUUAGAUCAGAAAACCUUCUUCCCGUAAUCAGUUCUUAAUAUAUAUGCUUGGAUAUAUAGACAUGGAAAUGUUAAUUUUUUCUCUCUUUUCUCCUCAUGUAAUUUGGUCAAUCUUUUUGGCCUUUCUUCAUCUGCUAUUUCAUGUUAAGAAUCUGUGUGCGCGCUCAA